GGCGAUGUUUACGUGUCGUAGCCAAUGAAAAGCGACCAGCUGGAGCCGUCGCUUGGUCUUUGCCCACACUUUCUCCUCCUCCUUCGAUUGCAUUUGAUCUCCAGAGACGAAACAAAGCAACCAAGUAACUCAAAUUCUGUGCAGUAUUCGCCAUGAGUCGACCAAACUCUUUUCUUCUGGUAGCAAUCACAUUAGGGCUUCUGUCAUCUUUGUCUCAAUCGUUCCGCUUCGAGUUGCAAUCGGGCCAUACAAAGUGCAUAGCAGAGGACAUCAAAAGCAACUCCAUGACCGUCGGCAAGUACCACGUCGUUAAUCCGAACGAGGGCCAAGCCGUGCCUGAGAACCACAAAGUCACCGUCAGGGUGACUUCGGCUUAUGGGAACAACUAUCACUACGCGGAGCUCGUGGAUUCGGGGCAGUUUGCUUUUACGGCGGCUGAGGCUGGGGACUAUAUGGCUUGCUUUUGGGCGGCUGAUCACAAGCCACAAGAGACUAUAACUGUUGAAUUUGAUUGGAGAACCGGUGUGGCCGCCAAGGACUGGUCUAAUGUUGCAAAGAAAGGCCAAAUCGAUGUGAUGGAGUUGGAGCUGAAGAAAUUGUAUGAUACUGUAAAUUCCAUCCAUGAGGAAAUGUUUUAUCUUCGGGAAAGGGAAGAAGAAAUGCAGGAUCUGAACCGAUCUACUAACUCAAAGAUGGCCACGUUGAGUGUUCUUUCACUUGUCAUUUGCUUAUCAGUGGCAGGCUUGCAACUAUGGCACUUGAAGACUUUCUUUGAGAAGAAGAAGAUCAUUUAAUUUAAGAACUAUUUUUUCCUACUGUACUCUGUAAAAUAUCUUACCAACUUACUCUGUAAAAGAUUAGUUUUGAUACCAGAUUGUUGGUUGGAUAUUUUUGAUAACUCAAAUGGUCCAUUUGCUGUAGUGUUAUUUUGGUUGUGUUUUUUAUUUUAUGAAGUGAAUAUGGAAAGAUUAAAUAA